AAGUUACAAAACCAGCCGAAUAAACAAAGUAAUCUUAAGUUCUUAACAAAAAAAAUGGCCCAAAUAUUUAUAAUUUUAUACCUGAUUCCUGAACCUCAGAACCUGAUACGGUGAGGUGAGGAGUUGAGACUUGAGAGAGGCGGAGGGCAGAGUAUCAGAGAGAGGCUGAGAUGAGAACAGACUGAACAGUGGAGACUGGAGACUAGAGAGAGGCGGAGAGCAGAGACUAGAGAGAAAGUGUUUUCAUGGUGAAGUAAUAAUUUUUGGUGGCACCAAGGAAGGAGAUUUUUCUGUUGGCUGGGGCAUGUACUCCCCACAACUUCCACUGGCACGUGGGCGUGUGCCGUCAUCGUCUCCGUCCUCCUCUUUCUCCUUUGAUGCACAACAUGCAGACCCAGGAGGUCUUGAAGCUGCUUUGCUCCAAAUAAUGCAUGACCAUCACCACACCUCUCUCAGACUCCGUGACCAAGCUGAGAGAGCGAAGAAAGAUGCGAUUCAAAAUGCAGUGCGAGUUUCAGAUCUGUUGGUGGAUGCUGUGAACAGUGGAGUGCAGGAAUCCUUUAUCAACGAGAAGCGAAUUGAGCAUGAAAUUCGAGCAUUAGCAGUCACGAUUGCCCGCUUCAUGAAGCAGACCAAUCAAUGGCUCACCGCAACACGUGCUAUAAACACCGCUGUCAAGGAAAUUGGAGACUUUGAGAACUGGAUGAAGACCAUGGAAUUUGAUUGUAAAAGCAUCACCGCUGCUAUCCAAAACAUUCACCAAGCAUGACCAUUUUGGGGCACAGGGCUUUUGAUUUCAUAGUUGAGAGGGUACCAACUAGGCAACUACCAACAAUUAGCUGGUUGGUAAUCAAAUUUAUUAUCACCUGUGGGACGCAUCAACCUCAACAAAUACGGUUACUGCAAUGAUUGGGGGAUAAAGUACACUAUCCUACUAAGAGCAGCAUUUAAUUUUGCACUCAAUUAGCUGGAGUUGCUGUGACUGAAGAUCUACCGCAAACCAGUUGUCGGCCCUUGUUGGUUUCAAUGUCUUUUUGUAUUUGCAGUUUGAUUGGCUUGUGUUUGUUCUUACUGUCCUUAGUGCGGGGUUGGUCUUAGAUUGGGUGUUGUUUGCUGAUCUGUGACUCUGUCACCAUGUCCAUGUGCCUUUUGUAGAGACAUGCCUUGGUUUGUGCCUUGUAUCUUGGCUUUUUAGUGUCAAUAAAAUUUUUGCUGAUUCAUUAAAAAAUAAUAUAAUAAAAUAAAAUUGGUUACUGCUGCA